AUGUAUCAAAUUGGUGCGCUUGCCUGCAGCAAGCUGGAGGAGGCUGGACUUCCACACGACUUCAGCGCUGCCGACCUGCAGUCACUGACAGAUGAAUUCACGGAGCGACUGGCAACUACAGAGAGGAAGCUGCAGGCGGUAGCACGAGAGCGUGAUCAACUUCGAGCUCAACUAUUCACCGUAAAUGCAUCCUCUGAGCAGACGGUAAAACGUGCUUAUGGUGAGCAGGAAAAAGCACUUCGGGCACGGUGUGCGCGACUUGAAAGUUCUCUGACGGAUAAGGAAACUCAACUAGCCGAUCUACUGGCGGAGGGGAAUAGAAUGGCUCAAGAACAGCUGAAAACUAAUAACUUGGUUAAAACCCAACGCUCGAAAAUGAAAACUUUGGAGUUGGAAAAGGAGAAGAUCAGGCAUAAUGAACUAGAUUCCUCCAAGGCAAAAGGUGAGGCACUCGACCGUGCACGUCUGGAGUUGGAGAGUAAGCUAUCAGAUAGUGCAGUAGAUCUAGCGACGGCGCAGCGGGCGCUUUUGGAUGCGCGGACACGCACAGAGGCAAUUCGCGAUGUGGAAGAGGAACAACAGAGCCUUCGUGACGAAGUAAGCACUCUGCGCACCCAGCUUGAAGAGAUGCGGAUUACUGCGGUGCGCCAGAAGCUGGACGCCGAGCAGCGUCUGCAACGGUCACGGCAGGAGGUCAACCACUAUCGUGAGCAAUUAGCGGAAUCGGAGGCACGUUUCGAGUCCCUCGGUGAGGCCGCGACCUCUGUGGCCAAACCGCUGCUGCGUCAGAUCCAAUCUCUUCAGGCCAAGUUGGCCGAGCAGGCGAAUGCCUCUGAAGGCACUGAACAGAGCCUGCUGGCCCUAGUUGCGGAUCUGAAAAAGCGUUUGGAGGUGGCAGAGAGAGCGGAACGUCUAUUUCAGGAGCGUCUCGAUGGAGCAGAGACUGCAGCAGACGCCCUGAGGAAGGAACUUUCUCUGGAGCGGGCGGCCUCCAGCCAAAUGCAUGACCGACUCUCCCAGCACGAUCUGCAGGCCUCCUCUGACAAGUCACAUAUUGAAAAACUAAACGCUGAACUAGCCUCCCUUCAUCAACAACUAAUUGCAGCAGAAGAUGCCUCUGAUGCAACCUCAGCUGCCCUGGUCGCGAAGAAAGAGGAGGUGGUCGGACUUCGGUCGGAGCUGGCUCAGGUGAAGGCCGAAUUGGCUCAGGCGCUGCCCAAAAUGGCAACGUCCACCGCAGCUGUCUCCACUUCUCCCCACCCACUCAUGGGAGCGCACUCGAGGCGAUCUUCCGGUGCCCAACUGUUGACACUGACAUCUCAGGACUCCGAUGCGAAUCCUUCUUUGGAGACAACCGUGUCAAUUCAGCAGUCUUCGCCCUCACCGCCUCCGCGUCCCUCUCCUCUGCCAACCGGCCAUUUCGCCAGCAGUCUCUCUUUCCUCCAAACACGUCACACGGGCAUCAUUUCUCCUAGUAAGGGUGAUCGUCCUCAUAUAUCAUCGUUAAUUACGCACCGAAGGGAUCCAUACAGUGGUGCAGGGACGGUCAAUUAG